UGGGUUUGUGUGAGUCGCCCACUCUUGGAAAUUGGGAGGAAGAUCACGGGAUCACUAUAAGUAGACCCUGAAAACGAGGACACAAGCAGCGAGCGGUGACAACGACGAGGACCAGUCGCUUAAGUGUGAGGGAUCAGGAUCAAGCUUCAGUACUCGACAUGGAGAUGUUCGGUAAACUCGUGUUCCCCGUCGUGAUCAUCACCGUGCUGGUCGCUUGCAGUCCAACUGAGGCAUGGUACAAACAGGUGGCCGGGCCAAGCUACUACUCGGUGGGGAGAGCGUCCGGUUUGUUGUCCGGUAUCCGGAGGUCUCCGUAUGUCAGGAGAGCCGAGCCGGACCCGUCAGACAGCGGAGAGUCUGCAAGCAACAGCGUGUUUUCUGAUUUAACUGCGCAAAAUUUCAUCCUGAAGUCGAUGCCUGUUUGUAUCAAAGACAUUACACCAAACCUGCAGAGCUGCGAACUCAAGGAACUCAAAGGUUCAUUUAAGUGCAAAGCAGAGGUCUUCCUUUCUCUGGACUCCUCAGACUGUGCAGGAGACUGAGCAGUAAAGCCGACAGCUGGGCUGGAUGAUUUAAAAACUCUUCAACUUCAAGUUUAACACUUGUGUUGCACUAGAUGGAAGAUAUGCUACUUUUCAUUUAUCAUUUCACAAACUUAUUGAUUUUAUGAUAAACCUGUCUUAAAGCUUUAAACUGUAAAAGUAAUGUAUGACUGUACAUAUUUGAGUUUUCAUUAAUAAAUGAAUCAUAUUGCAGCCCCUUGUUCUGAUCUACACUGAAUAUAAUUAAAUCAUCUGCUGUAUUUUUUGGAUAAACAUGCAACUCGCACUUAAAGUAAACUCAGUUUUGGGUGACUUGGCAGUGGUAAAUGUGUCAAACCUAAUUUAAAUAAUGAUUUUCAAAAAUCAAUCAUUUAAACCAGGAAAAAAAAGGUGCAUUUUAUUUGUCCCCCAAGUUGUAAUAAACAUGCAUGUUGAACAUCUUGUGAUUUUAUUCUAAGUAAAGAAUAAAACCUGAACGGUUACCUAUUCUUUCAAGUGGAAGCGAUGAACAGCAUUAAAAAAAAGACAAUCUUGCUUAUAA